CAAAACGCGCCACCUUGUGGCCAUAUGUUUCAAACGACACACGCGGCCGGCUUUUGUUUUGGAUUUUAAACGCUGAAUUUACGAAAAAAACGACCAAUAAAAUGGACAGCGGCAGCGCAAUUGUAAUGCCUGGAGAACGCAUCACCAGCAUAGAGGAAGUGGCCAAGGAGAAGAGAGUUAUACUGGGACCAGGACUGCGUCGACUGGACGAUACGGUGGUGGCCAGCAAAGCGGGUCCCCUGCGUCACAAGGAGCCCAACACGUUUUGGAUCGACAACUAUCAGAGACGCUACGUGCCCGCUCGAGGAGAUCUGGUGCUGGGAAUUAUCAAGGGCAAGGCGGGGGAUCUGUACCGCGUGGACAUUGGCUCGGCGGACAUUGCCUCCAUUCCGUAUCUGGCCUUUGAGGCGGCCACCAAGAAGAAUCGUCCCGACCUUAAUCCGGGCGACAUCAUCUACGCGCGUGUGCUCAACGCCAGUGCAGACAUAGAGCCGGAGUUGGUGUGCGUCAACUCGAAUGGCAAGCGCGGCAAACUGGGUCUCCUCGCCGAUGGAUUCUUCUUCAAGUGCACCCUCAACCUGGGACGCCUGCUGCUGCGCGAAAACUGUCCGGCACUGGCUGCACUUACCCGCGAACUGGCUUACGAGAUCGCCAUUGGCGUCAAUGGGCGCAUCUGGGUCAAGGCGAAUUCCCUGCGCGAGACAAUGGCUCUGUCGAAUGCAAUACUGACGCUGGAGCAGGCGGGCUACACGGAAAUCGACAAAAUCUGCGACAGUCUGAGCGAUGUGCUGCAGGCCUAGACUCCAUCAAUAAAUCUUAGUUUACUUACAUUUCCAAAAAAAACGAGAAAAUUUUUAAAGUA